CCGGCGACAUUAGCUAGCGCUUGCUCAACUCUCUCUAACGGGGAAGCAGCGGACUACAAGAGACUGAACUGUAUCUGCCUCUUUUUUCCAAUAGACUCACGUUCAACUUGCGCUCAUAAAAAAAAAAAAAAAGCCGGGAAAAAUUUUAUUAAUCCUUUUUUAAAAAAAAAGUUAAUAUAAAAUAUAGCAAAAAAAAAAAAAAAAAAAGGAACCUGAACUUUACUAACACAGCUGGAACAAUCCGCAGCGGCGGCGGCGGCGGCAGGAGAAGAGAUUUAAUUUAGUUGAUUUUCUGUGGUUGUUGGUUGUUCGCUAGUCUCACGGUGAUGGAAGCUGCACAUUUUUUCGAAGGGACCGAGAAGCUGCUGGAGGUUUGGUUCUCCCGGCAGCAACCCGACGCCAACCAAGGAUCUGGGGAUCUUCGUACUAUCCCGAGAUCUGAGUGGGACAUACUUUUGAAGGAUGUGCAAUGUUCAAUCAUAAGUGUGACAAAAACUGACAAGCAGGAAGCUUAUGUACUCAGUGAGAGUAGCAUGUUUGUCUCCAAGAGACGUUUCAUUUUGAAGACAUGUGGUACCACCCUCUUGCUGAAAGCGCUGGUUCCCCUGCUGAAGCUUGCUAGGGACUACAGUGGGUUUGACUCAAUUCAAAGCUUCUUUUAUUCUCGUAAGAAUUUCAUGAAGCCUUCUCACCAAGGGUACCCACACCGGAAUUUCCAGGAAGAAAUAGAGUUUCUUAAUGCGAUUUUCCCAAAUGGAGCAGCAUAUUGUAUGGGACGUAUGAAUUCUGACUGUUGGUACCUGUAUACUCUGGAUUUUCCAGAGAGCCGGGUAAUCAGCCAGCCAGAUCAAACCCUGGAGAUUCUGAUGAGUGAGCUUGACCCAGCAGUCAUGGACCAGUUCUACAUGAAAGAUGGUGUUACUGCAAAGGACGUCACUCGUGAGAGUGGAAUUCGUGACCUGAUACCAGGUUCUGUCAUUGAUGCCACACUAUUCAAUCCUUGUGGGUAUUCAAUGAAUGGAAUGAAAUCGGAUGGAACUUAUUGGACUAUUCACAUCACUCCGGAACCAGAAUUUUCUUAUGUUAGCUUUGAAACAAACUUAAGUCAGACCUCCUAUGAUGACCUGAUCAGGAAAGUUGUGGAAGUCUUCAAGCCAGGAAAAUUUGUGACCACCUUGUUUGUUAAUCAGAGUUCUAAAUGUCGCACAGUGCUUUCUUCGCCCCAGAAGAUUGAAGGCUUUAAACGUCUUGAUUGCCAGAGUGCUAUGUUCAACGAUUACAAUUUUGUUUUUACCAGUUUUGCUAAGAAGCAGCAACAACAGCAGAGUUGAUUAAGAAACAUGAAGAAAAAACGCAAAAAGAGAACACACAUAGAAGGUGGUGGCCGCUUUCUAGAUGUUGACACUGGGGGCCAUGCUUUCUGUAACCACCACUUUGUAGUUGCACAGAGCCCUAGAUGUAAUGAUAGUGGAAUCAUUUUGAAUUGUAUGCAUUAUUAUAUCAAGGAGUUAGAUAUCUUGCAUGAAUGCUCUCUUCUGUGUUUAGGUAUUCUAUGCCACUCUUGCUGUGAAAUUGAAGUGCAUGUAGAAAAAAACUUUUACUAUAUGAAACUUUACAACACUUGUGAAAACAAUUCAAUUUGGUUUAUGCGCAGUGUAAUAUUUCUGCAGGUAUCGUCCAAAAUUCCCCACAGACAAGGCUUUCGUCCUCAUUAGAUGUUGGCCUCAGCCUAACCAUCUGGGACUGUUCUAUUGCUGCCAGGAUUUUAUGUCCAGUUACCUCCACUUUCUAGAACAUAUUCUCUACUAAUGUUAUGGAAACCAAUUUCUACUUCAUACAGAUGUUUUUUGCAACAGCAAUUAAAGUUUUUCUUCAUGAGUUGAUUCCUCUUAAGAAAA